AUGAUGAUGAUGAACUUGGUGAAGCAUAAUAAGAAAAAGAAACGGAGAAGAGUGGAUCAAGGAGAGAAAGAGAAACAGAGAAUGAUGAUUCGUAAGGGAAAAAGCAAAAUCAUAGAUGAUGAUGAUGAAGUGAACACAGAUUUGAUCGUGAAGCUCGGAGCAUUCGUCACAACAAGAGAAGACAAAGCUCCUUUGAAACCUUACUAUGGCUUUCAUAGCUACCAAGUUGUGGUCCAUACAGACCAAGGAGAUCCAUACGUAACAAGAGUGGUAAAGGUUUUCGAAGGAGAGAAGUUGGAGUUUAAUAAAGAACUAAGUGUUCCUUUAGAUUCUCCUGCACGUUACCUUUACAUGGAGUUGCUUAGGGUUUCGCCGCAGAACGAUCCUGGAACCUCCAGUGGAACUUUUGUGAUGGGUCGGGCAAAGAUUAAGUUGCCGGCUAGCUGUAAGGCGAUCAAACAUAAAGCCAGCAUCGUUGCUUUGACCAGUGAUCGAUGUGUUGAGGAAAAGGGAACCCUAAAAGUUUCAAUGAAACUCGAUAGAUACGUUGUUAGGCCAUGA